UGCUCACCCGCAGAAACUCUCCUACAUAUUUUUGCAUGGGAGUUGAUAAACGAGCCUCGCUGCAUGUCUGAUGUCUCUGGGGAUACCCUACAAGUGAGAGUUCUUCUUCUUCUUCUUCAGUAGUAUGGUGGUUUCUUUAUUAGAUCAUAAGUAAAUUGUUGAAAAGUUUAGUAAUGCUACUCGUUGUGGUUUCAUUUUUCUGGAACUUGGGCUUUCAAUGAUGGAGGCUACAAUGCUCUUCAGAUCUCUCCUGCCAGAGUCGAUGAACGAGUCUUCAAGGUUUGUCGACAUUAGUCUUUGUUCAAAUGGGAUGAUCCCCAGUUUGGAGGAUUCGUGAAACGGAACGGGACACAGUUCGUGGUCGAUGGCAAGGCUCUCUAUGUGAAUGGCUGGAACUCUUACUGGUUCAUGGACCAUGCCGUCAAUGAUCAUAGCAGACACCGUGUCGGUGCUAUGCUUGAAGCUGGAGCCAAAAUGGGUCUCACUGUUUGUAGAACUUGGGCCUUCAAUGAUGGAGGCUACAAUGCUCUUCAGAUCUCUCCUGGCAGAUUCGAUGAACGAGUCUUCAAGGCCUUGGAUCAUGUUUGUGGUGAAAUGGAUGCUAUCUCAUACUGAAGAUGGGGACAAGGAACUAAAGAAGCCAGUUUUGUUCACCGAGUUUGGGCUCUCAAAUCUGAACAAGGACUAUGAUCCAUCGCAGCGAGAUCGGUUCUACAGAACCAUCUUUGAUAUCAUAUACAAAUCAGCCAAGCGGAGGCGGUCUGGUGCAGGAACACUCAUGUGGCAGUUCUUGAUACAAGGCAUGGAACGGUUCAACGAUGACUUUGGUAUAGUCCCAUGGGAACAAGGUUCGAUUCAGAGAUUAAUGAUGGAACACUCUUGCAGGUUGGGUCGGGUCACUGGACGCCAUCUUCUUCAAGACAACAAGUCCAUAGAUAUGUGUUCCCAGAGACCAUGAGAAUACACGUUGCUUUUUUUCCUCUUUUUUGUUCUUGCCACUCUUCAUGUGGACAUACAUACAUUAUAUGCAAACGCAAAUAUUUUUUAUAGUAAAAGUAGUUAAGUAAAACCUUGUGUUUUUUGUUUUUGGUUGAUUGAGCUAUGUAAUAUAGUCUGGUGAGGAUCAAUAGAAGAAGAUUGAAUCAAA